UCUUCCAAAAGUCGUCUCUAUACUUUCCUUGAAUUUUCCUUCUAUCUUUCUCUGGACAUAUAUUGAGACAGUCACUGCUAAAUAUCAACACUCAACCUACCAAAUCACAAGAAGCUACAGGUAACAAGAAAGAGAUGCAAAAAUGGAAUGCCGAAAACUGGAGUUGACCAUUAAUUCUGCAAACGGUUUAAGAGAAGUAAGACGGAUUUUCAAAAUGAAAGUUUAUGCUAAGGUGUUUAUAGGUGGUAACCAAGAAAUGGAGAAACGAACUCCUGUCGACAAGCACGGCAAGACCAAUCCGGCGUGGCACUACACCAUGAAAUACUCCAUAAGCGAACAAUGGUUAGAACAUCAUGGCACGAUGCUUGUGAUCAAGCUGUAUUGCAAGCGUAAGCUUGGAGAUAGAUACAUAGGAGAAGUUCAUCAGUCGUUGAAACAACUUUAUGAUUAUGCGAAACCAUUGGGUGAUAGCGCGGUCGUGUGUUUCCCUGUGCAAGUGGGAUCCGCUGAAUCAGAGGGACAGCUUUGUUUCUCAUACAGGUUUGGUGAGAAGGUGGCUAUAGAGAAGUUAAUGCUUGCAGAAAGUAUUGCUUCCUUCUUAGUUACCGGUCCUGGUGGUGCAAUAUGAUGGAUACCCUUCAGACCACACUUGUUGCCGCCAUCAGCAUAGUCGUCACAAACAAAACCAACAUGCCACAUGUAAAUACAAUACAGUGUGUAAAUUUGUUAGAGGUGUCUUUCCCACAUGUCAAGAUUUACUGUUUUCAUUUCAAUCGAAUGAAACCGAAAGUUUUUGUUAUGCAUAACCAAUCUUAUUGUACCAAUUAAAUCAGAACCAGAACCUUAAAAUAU